CUAGAGAGAGGAGAAAAACACUGAGAGAGUUCACAUGCGAAAGGAUACUCGUGGUCACAGUCACUGAUUCACACAUGGAUGGAAAAAUCGCAUGACAAUCUGCUUUAUGAAGACUGACUUCCACAAGGACUCACUCCUACAGCAGAUGGAGACGUUUUAACCAUCAUGGAUCCAGAGGACAAACUGAGCAGAGAAAAGCUGAUCUUCUACCUCACAGUCCCGCUGUCCUCCAUCAUCAUCUUCACCAACCUCUUCAUCAUAAUCGGCAUCGCAUGCAACCGGCAGCUCCACAACACUCCCAAUUACUUCUUCUUGAGUCUCCUGGUGGCCGAUUUAUGCACGGGCAUCACGCUUCCCUUCAUUCCCCGCAUGAGCCUGGACCGACAGCUAGAUUUCAGACAAUGCCUGGUCAUGUACAUCUUCCCCAACUUUCUGUUCCUGUCAUUCCUGUUCAAUCUGGUGAUGGUGCACUACGAACGCUACCUCUGCAUCGUCAGCCCGCUCCAUCACAGUCAGUUCUGGGUUCAUCGAUGUUUCCCGUUGGCGCUGCUGACAGUUUGGCUUCCUCCAUUGCUUUACGCAUCACUUCCUGCUUUCGGAUGGAACAACUGGAUUGAAGCAAACUCCAAUAAGAGUUUAGACUCGAACAUGACUUUUUGGAGAUCACAAACAUCUCAUAACUCUUCCAAAGAGGAUGAGGUUUGCUCCUACAAACAGGUUUUUCCCAAAGCCUUCAUUUAUGUGGAGGUUUGUGGACUGGUGUUGCCAGCAAUGCUGUGCAUCGUGUGCAUGACAGGACGGGUGUUAUGGAUCGCACACAAGCAGCUGCAGGACAUCUGUAAACUCCACCGUGCUGUAGAUCGUCAACAAACUUCAGAUCAAGAGCAGCAGCUGAAUCUGCGCUACGCCAAAUGUGUGGCUGCCGUCUCGCUUACGUUUUUGGUGUGUUGGGUGCCCUAUAUCAUCUACCAGCUGAUGUCGGUGACGGCUCUGCAGAGCGGCGUCAGCUUGCCAAGCUCCUCUCUGUAUAUCAUCAUGUCCUGUACGGGGAUCGGGAGCAUGGCUGUCAUCCCACUCAUCCUGGGACUGGCCAACAAGCAGUACACGGAGCCCAUCAGAAGAGUGAUGCUGAAACUGAGGAACCGCUGGAGAGGAGGACAUAAUAAUAGAGAUAUUACAAUUUGAGGAGGAAACAAGGAGAGAAUUGAAUGUUAUUUUUGAAAUAUGCACUACUGUUUGAAUGAGAUGAG